AUGCAGGCCCUGCUAACUCAACAAGGUCUAAAGAAUGUGCUGUUCGGGAACGACAAGUUGCUAGAAACUAGGUCCAAUGAAGACAAGGAUGAGGUCGAUGAAAAGGCGUGCAGUGCGAUUCUCCUGAAUCUUGCCGAUGAGGUGCUGCAUGAAGUUAUUGAUGAAGACAUGGCGGCAAAGUUGUGGCUGAAAUUGGAGAGUCUGUACAUGACGAAGUCUCUCACCAACAAACUUUACCUGAAACAGAGACUCUAUAUCCUUCGUAUAAAGAAAGGGCACAUUAAGUGGAAUUUUCCAAAAUUGAAAAAUAAGAAGAAAGAUAAAAAGGAUAAAAAGGAGUCUAAGGAUAAAUCCACUAGUAAUUCUUCUGAUAUUGCUGGGGUUGCUGAGGAAAGUUCCUCGGAUGUCGAAAAUAUUCUUUCAGUUUCUAUCAGUGAUUGUCACUCUAGUAGUGAAUGGGUUCUUGAUUUUGGUUGUUCCUAUCAUAUGUGUCCCAAUAGGGACUGGUUUUCUACUUACCAUUUUGUUGAUGGUGGUACUGUCUUAAUGGGGAACGACAAUCCCUAUCAGAGUGUUGGUACAGCCAUAAUCCAAAUUAAGAUGCAUGAUGCUGAAUGUAGAGUUUUGAGAGUUUCUAAAGGUGCUCUUACUAUGCUUAAGGGAAAACAGAGAAAAGGCCUCUAUUUUUUGCAGGGUAGUACUGUGACAGGCGCUGCUUCAGUAUCUUCUUCAAUUGAUCAAGAUUCAGUAACUACCCAUCUAUGGCAUAUGCGUUUAGGGCAUAUGAGUGAGAGGGGUUUGACAGAAUUAAGCAAACGAGGUUUGCUAGGUGGAGAGAAGACGGGAAAGCUGGACUUUUGUGAGCAUUGUGUCUUUGGCAAGUAG